GGCGCACCAGUCGCUGGUACAAGCCAGCAGUAGACCUACCAAUCUUUCGGCUACCUGUCUGAGAUUGAGAGAUCCUCUCAAAAUCACGUCAACACUGAUUCUCUCAUGGGAGAUAAACGCCAGCGGGCAAGAGUCCAAGGCAGCUGGGCUAAACCAGCGAUCAGACCAGCAGCUGCCAAACCCAGUAGCCCUGCAGGUCCCUGUCCUGGAUCUACAUCAUGGAAAGCAGGGCCACGGACAUAUGAAUUUCAGCAGCCAUCCAAGCCCAUUCGAGACAUUCCUGAGGAGAAAGUUAUUGAGAGAUCUGGGGUGUACGACAUCAGUCACAGUCCAUCAGGAGUGUCCCAGCUCCGGCUGUUCACUGAUUUCCUCCAGCAGGAGGAGGCAGACUGGACGUUCAGUACUCUCCUUGCUGAACUUCCCUGGUCACAAAAGACCAACUCCAGGCAAGGAGAGUCCUAUGUAGAGCCUAGACUGACGUGCUGGUAUGGAGAACUGCCUUACACCUACUCUAACUCCACCAUGCAGGCCAAUGCAGAGUGGCACCCAGUGCUGAGCAGUUUGCGAGCCUCCGUUGAGAGACACAGCGGUCGGUCCUUCAACUCCCUCUUGUGUAACCUGUACCGCGACGGCAGGGACAGCAUCGCCUGGCACUCGGACAACGAGCGCUCGCUGGGCCCGCGGCCCACCAUCGCCUCCCUCAGCCUGGGCGACACGCGCAUCUUCAGCCUCCGCAAGCAGCCUCCUCCGGCGGAGAAUGGUGACUACACGUAUGUGGAGCGGCUGAGGAUCCCCUUGGCCCACGGCUCCCUGCUGAUGAUGGAGGGCUGCACUCAGGACGACUGGCAGCAUCAAGUGGCCAAAGAAUAUCACGAUCGAGGGCCCCGCAUCAACCUCACCUUCCGCACCAUCUAUCCUGAACCCUAACCGUGCCACCACGUGAAAGAGACGUAGCCUGUGACAUCACCAAGUCUGCAUCUUGUGGGAGACUGGAUAGAGGCAGAAAUGAGAAAAUCGAAAGCGUUCAUCAUUCUUCAACCUUCAUACGUGCAGGAGCUAAAGGCUACAAAAAGAGUGCCGCUGCCAUGCGUCACUAGCAGGCAGAAGGGCCGUGACGGUGGACGAGAGCUCUCGUGAAACAGCAGGGGCACAGGCCUCUUACCGGCAUGUGCAAGAAACUCUUACUCUUGGAGAGCGACUUAUCAGUAGUGACUCACUGUUGUGGUGACUAACCCCUUACAAGAGAUGUUCUGUUUAACUCUGUUGAUGUGUGUGUGUUUUGGGGAGAUUUGACCGAAAGAGUUUUAUUUAUUUUCUGAGUUUUCGGUUUACAAGUUCUUAGUCAUUGAAAUGAGGAGUCUUUAAAAUGACUGAAACGUUGUGGAUGUUUGGAGAGCACAGCAGUUGUAAAAUGUGAAGGAACAGCUAAGUGCUCCAUUACCUGAGUUCUAUUAUCCCAAAGGGAUGUUUUGUGAUUCAGCUGUAAAAAAUAAAGUGCAAUUUGUUCACUGGA